AUGGCUGAGGAGGCGCAGAAGAACAAUGUCCAGCUUGCUGCGGAACAGCUUGCCGAAGGCUUCGCAGUGCUGAGCGGAGAGUACCAAAUCCUCUUUGAUCAGCAGCGGCAGCUCGAAAGCAAGCUGUCAUGGGCCAAACAACAGUACCUUGAUCUAUUGAAACGAUUCACACCAGCGACACUAUCGCAAGACCACAUUGCUUUUCUGCAAGACCUCGAACGUGUGGGCGGUGAGCUGCCACGGGCGCACAUCAACCUGGUAGAGCAGCUGGCACAUAGCGAUGACGUUGAACGCAAGAGUCGAGCCGUGGCCAUACAAAAGGCUGAAGAAGCUGCGCUAACCUUGCGCCGGUCUAAUGGAGAGCCAGGUGUCACGAUUUGGAGCGGGCCGUCCGCAGAUAACUCCACCACCCCUUCAGAGACCCGAGCUGAAACAGUCAAAUCGCCUUUAGAGAGGGACUUCACCGUCGCCGGAACACCGAGCAAGCUAGGCUGUCCUUUUGCCUCCACGACUGGACGACGAAGUCCACUCGCUACCCCUCGCAGUUCCACUUCUAGGCUGAGUCAACGGGGCAGACGAUCACAUCGUGCAUCUUUCAACGACCCCAUUCGCGCUGAAUUCUGCGGUAAUGACGCCACAUCAGUUGCUGCCUCUGUGGCUGUGUCUGGGUCUGCUGCUGUUUGCCCAAUUCGCUUCCUGGAUCAGCACGACCCAGAGGAGGUCGCAAAAUAUUUCGAAAAACACAAACACGAGCUUCCACGAAGCCACGAGGUCUGUAUCACCCGCUUCCAGAGAAAUGCAGAGAGCAUAGAACAGCUGGACAGAAAAUAUGGCAAUUUGGUCAAUAUGAUACAGGGUCUCGGCCAGAAACACCAAGCGUGGCUCCCGGAAGAGCCUGAAGAUGUCAUCGCAGAAGAGCCUGGCAUUGCAUCCGCGGCCAGUGCUGAUGCAAAGGCAGAUGCCAAGGUUCAGAGGUGGGCUACAGCAGUGUCGGCCAGUCUGCAUGGAGGUACUCCACCGCCUGAAGAUUCUGAACCAGAAGUGCCUGACCCAGAUGAGGCACGGACUGCACACUUUGAUCGUGAUAGACCACUCAAGGAAGUCAGGGUUGGAGAGUCACCGAGCCGACCCUGGGGCAUAUCGAUACCGGCCAAAUACACCAAUGCAGACAGUUCCUCAUCCGUGGGCUCUGUGCCAACCGCCUCACCACAACUACCGACUGAGCAAGGGGAGUCUACUGGGCAAACACCGCAGAAAACUAGAAAAUGUCCAUUCGAUCAUGGUGCCAUGAUGGGCCAGGCGACCACACAACCUGAGGCUACGCCGGUAGCACCACCUACACAGCCGUCAGAGCCUAUCCCAUUGCCGACGCCGCCGCCACCAGAAGCCCAACCACCAUUACAGGCGCCGGAGUCAGCGACCAAAGCGGCUGGAACCCCCAACGUAAUCCCACAAAUGGUGUUUAAUGGACCGGUGUUUCUGGGGUACCCGCCAGAACAGCUGAUUGCAUUGUUACAAAACAGCAACCUAGGGGCCGCCAUGCGGUGA